AUGAUAAGAGACAUUUAAUUAUAAUAAUAUUUUAAGAUAUCUUCAAUUUUUUAAAGCUUGUUAUUUACUAUUAAUUAGAAACUUAUUAAUAUGUAAGGUGAUAAAAGUGAUAUAUUGUGUUAAGAUGAUGAUUAGGAUCCUAUUUCAUUAAUAAAUAAUAUUUUUGUAAAAAAAACUUGAUAUUUGAUUCAAUAAAUAUUUAAGAUUGUUAAGAUUUACAUAGCUGGUAAGUUUAUAAAUAAAACAUUUAGGAAUAAAUUACCUAAAAUAGAGUCAAGUGAAUUUAUGAAUGCAUAGUUGAUUGGUAUCAAUUAUAUAAUAAAGCUAUUCUUAAUUUCAGUGUGUUUCUUAAAAAUAUGUAUACAGAUUUAAAGUAGAAAGAGGAUAAAUUUAUAAUUUUAAUGUUUUAUGAAAUGCUCUAUUAUAGUCAAAAGGAUCAAAUCUAAUUCUAUUAGUCACAUCUAGAAAAAUUAAGACAAUGAUCAAGUAUAGUAAUAAACUUUUUGUUAUAUUUCAUCAUAUAAUUGAGAGUUUUUCCAGAUAUCUCAGGAAAUAAAGGAUCUUAAAUAUUUUAUAUUCAACCUUCAUUUAAAAUAUUAUUUUUUAAUAAUAAAGUAAAUUUGCAUUAUUAUUGAUACCUAUAAUUACUAAAAAAUAGAGUUAGAGAUUAAAUUGACAAUUCUAAUAAGGAUUAAGAUAAUCAGGUUUAGAUAUUGAAGGAAGUGA